GCUCUUAACAUUUAGAAAAGCAGAAAGAUGGCAUCAGAAGACAUUGCCAAGCUCGCAGAGUCACUUGCCAAAACCACAGUGGGUGGUGGACAGUUGAGCUUCAAAGACCGGGCCCUUAAACUGGACACGGCUGGAGAUGCUGAAGCAGUGAUCAAGGAAAUUGAGGAAUGUGAUGACCUGGAAGUGUUGAGUCUGGAAGGCAACACGGUGGGUGUGGAGGCAGCAAAGGUCAUUGCCAAAGCCUUGGAGAAGAAAUCAGAGCUCAAGAGGUGUCAUUGGGGUGACAUGUUCACAGGGAGACUGAGGUCUGAGAUCCCUCCUGCUUUGAUCUCUCUGGGGGAUGCAGUGAUCACUGCUGGAGCCCAGCUGGUGGAACUGGACCUGAGUGACAAUGCCUUUGGGCCUGAUGGUGUGCGUGGCUUCGAGGCGCUGCUCAAGAGCCCCUCCUGCUACACCCUGCAGGAGCUCAAGCUCAAUAACUGUGGCAUGGGCAUUGGGGGUGGCAAGAUUUUGGCAGCUGCUCUGAAAGAGGGUCACAGGAAAUCGAGUGCCCAGGGCAAGCCUCUUGCUUUGAAAAUAUUUGUAGCUGGCAGAAACCGUCUGGAGAAUGAUGGUGCCACUGCCCUGGCUGAAGCCUUUGGGAUCAUUGGGACCCUAGAAGAGGUCCAUAUGCCACAGAAUGGAAUUAACCAUCCUGGCAUCACAGCGCUGGCCCAGGCCUUUGCCAUCAACCCCCUGCUUAAGGUUAUAAACUUGAAUGACAACACCUUCACAGAGAAAGGAGGCGUGGCCAUGGCAGAGACCCUGAAGGUGCUUCGGCAAGUUGAAGUCAUCAACUUUGGGGACUGCCUGGUGCGUUCAAAGGGCGCCGUGGCCAUCGCUGAUGCUGUCAAAGAAGGGCUUCAUAAACUAAAGGAACUGAAUUUGUCCUUCUGUGAGAUCAAACGAGACGCUGCUCUGAUUGUUGCUGAAGCCAUUGAAGAUAAGGCAGAGUUGGAGAAGCUGGAUCUCAAUGGCAACUGUCUGGGAGAAGAGGGGUGUGAGCAAGUCCAGGAGAUCAUUGAAGGCUUCAAUAUGGCAGCUGUGCUGGGACCUCUGAGCGAUGAUGAAGGAGAUGAGGAGAAUCGAGAUAGGGAAGAUGAAGAUGAAGAGGAGGAGGAAGAGGAGGAGGAAGAACAGCAACAGCUGAAGGAGAGGGGACAGGGAGAACAGGAGCUGCUGACUUCUAAGAAGAUAAUUGAUUCACAGGACUCGAGCCCAGUGCCAUCUCCUCCCGUGGACAUUGCCACCUUCCUGGCCUUCCCCUCCCCAGAGAAGCUGCUGCGGCUGGGACCAAAGUGCCCUGUGCUGAUAGCUCAGCAGACAGAUAUAUCUGACGUAGAGAAAGUAGUUACAACUCUCCUAAGGGUAUCCUCUCUCUUCAAAGAUGAUGCUGCAGUGAAAACAGCAGUGCAGGAUACAACAGAUGCCUUGAUGAGGAAAGCCUUCACUUCUGCCACAUUCAACUCAGAUGCCUUUGUCACAAGCCUCUUGAUCCACAUGGGGCUACUGAAGAGUGAAGAGAAGAUCAAAGCUGUCCCAAGCCUCUAUGGUAUUCUUAUGACCUUGAACCACAUGGUCCAGCAGGAUUAUUUCCCUAAAUCACUGGUCCCAGUUCUCUUAGCAUUUGUCACAAAACCAAACCGUGCAUUUGAGUCCUGUUCAGUCGCUCGCCACGUGUUCUUACAAACCCUCCACCAGCUGUAA